AUGUAUUUUGACCACUUCACUGUUCCUGAUACGCUGACUUUCAUUUAUCUCAAGCUUGACACAAUCUCUUCACCAGCUAUCACACCCAAACCCGGCCAAUCUACAUAUGGUGCUACGAUGGCAGGCCCCAGCGAGGAAGAGAUUUUCCAAGAGUCAAUUCAGAAAGCUCUCGCUCCAGUUCUCUCGGAGCUGUCAGCUCCCCAGCCGACGGAUCUCGACAUACAUGCGAGUGAACGUGUUAUCAAGGACCUGACGACAAAGCCUACCAUUAAAGACAUGGAAAUUGGUACUUCUAUCCCUGUCGCCAAAGAAAUGACAGCAGAAGAGCGCGAAGUGUUGGUCCAGACUCUAAUACACGGACUUGACAACCUUUUGGAAAAUCAAGUUCUCUAG